AUACCCACCCGCAUCACACUCCGACGCGUCCCAUGCUCCAGGUGGAUCGCCCGUCGACGUACAGAACACUCCGUCCCAAUCACCCUGAAUCUUAUCUCCAUCAUCUGGGGAUAUAAGCUACCACACCAGUCUCCUCACAGGCGCGGGCUGCUACUUUGCUUCCUGCUCUCACCCUCACCCCGCCCCCUCUCACAUCCUGCGACCCACGACCAGCAUGGCCUCCCGCCGCCCCUCUGCCGCCAUCCUCGACUCCCCGGUCAUUGGCAUGACCAGCCGGCGCGCCUCUGUCCUCGAAAGGAGGCAGUCUGAGAUGUCCUCCCGCCGUCCCUCGAUCGACCCGUCGAGGCUGGUGCCCAUGGACAAGACGUCGCACCUCGCUGGUCCCGAUGAUUUCAACGUCCUGUUCGUUGGAGCGGGGAACAUCAUGUUCGGCUCCGACGAAGGCCCCUGGAACCACUCCUUCCGUUUCGAACACAAACUCGGUCCGCGCCUCAAGGUCGUCGCGUUGAUCGACCCUGCCGUCGAGCGCGCGACGGCGGUGCUCCAGAAGAAGUGCGAUACGUUCGUGCGCUCCGCGUACGAACACACGCGCGUGUUCAAGACGCUCGAGGACUUCGUCAAGAACAUGACCCGCAAGGACAUGCCCCGCGCGGUCGUCGUCGGCAGCCCGCCCAUGUUCCGCGGCACCACUCAGUCCGGGCGCGACAUCGAGCUCCAGGUCCUCAAGCACUUCCCGGGCGUCGCCCUGUUCGUGGAGAAGCCGGCCGCGACCGGUCCGUCGAGCGAGAUCGAGGAGGCGUUCAAGGUGUCCAAGGCUAUUACCGACAGCCAGACAGUCUGCUCGGUCGGGUACAUGCUGAGGUACCUCAAGGCCGUGCAGAUGAUGAAGCAGAUUAUCCAUGAGAACAACCUCACCGUCAUGGCCACCAUCGCGCGCUACGCCUGCGCGUACGAGGCCAUCGCGAAGCCAGACUGGUGGGACAAGUCGAAGAGCGCUGGCCCCAUCGUCGAGCAGGGCACACACUUCUGCGAUCUCUCGCGCUACUUCGGCGGAGAGGUCGACAUGGACACUGUCCAGGCGCACUCGCUCGAGUGGGACGAGAACGCCGGUCACCUCUCGAAGAUGGUCGUCGACGAGACUGCUAUCCCGCAAGAGAACCGUAUCCCGCGUGUCACCUCCGCGACCUGGAAGUACGAGAGUGGUGCCGUAGGUAGCUUCACCCACCUGGUUGCGCUUCAGGGCCACGACUACAGCUGCGAGCUCGAGGUUUACGCGGACGGUUACCAGCUCAAGCUCGUCAACCCGUACGUGCAGCCGGUUCUGUACAUCCGCAAGCCCGGGAGCGACCACGAGGAGUCGCAUCGCUUCCCCGACGAUGAUCCCUUCUUCUCUGAGAUCUCCGUGUUGAUUGACAACAUCGAGGACAUCGAGGAGGACCCCGAGACUUCGACGAUUCUGAGCUCCUUCGAGGAUGCCUGCAGGACUUACCAGCUCACCUGGGCCAUCCGAGAGGCGACGGAGCGCAACCGCAAGCCGAAGCCGCAGUGAACAACACAGGAGGAACGAAGUGUAUAACGACCGAAGUGUGAUACUGAGCAAAAGCAUGUAGAUGGUGGCGAUACAUCGCCGUGUAAUUGGAUGUAUCAUGAGAAGAAUGCAAUCCGUGUAACGCUCAUCGUCGUGGUGCUAGAAACGCGCAACCUGCAACCGAAGGAAAACCUAUGAUGCUGAAGGAGACCCGGAAUGUGAUUUUGCUCGUCGUUUCUGGUCUGGCUCGUCUUCGUGCACGUCGGUGCCCGCUCCAUGUUCCUUAGGUUCCUCAGGUGUUCGCUUGCGCUUCUUCUCCAGCUUGGCCUUUUCCCGCUUCGCCUGUACAUCCCAUUCCUCUUGUAGAUGGGACUUCAAGAGCGGCAUGGCCUUGAAGUCCUUGUUGCACCGCCAGCAGUCGAGUGGCUCCUUCAGAAGCGGCUCGUAG